UAAAACAACAUUAUACUGCAUAAAACAGAUUGAGUUUUACUUUUAAUUUUAUAAAAGUUGAAGUUAUGUCUUUGGACGUUUGUGAACAACUGAGAAAAACCACGAAGGGAAAACUGGUGUACCAUAAUGACAAUAAACCUCUGGAGUUUUCAAACCAGCUUCCCUCCUGUGUGUUUGAUCUUCCCGACAUCCCGGGUGUCCUCGAAGCGCUGGAGGAAAAUGCUUUCGUUGAUGAAGAUGAGUUCCUUCUUAUAAACAAGUUGACAGCUUUGACAAUAGAUGAUAGCUCUACUCAAUUGAAACAACCAGAUGUUGACAUACUACCUGAAGAUUCCACGAUUGCUUUGCUUGAUUUAAGGGAAAAACAAUUAUCACAAAACCUUAUACAGUUACAAGUUGGUAAAUAUCACGAUGCCACGAUGGAGGCGCACAAUGAGGCGAAGAGAAAGUUUAAAGAGAGAGAGGAGAGAAUCAGGAAGAGCAGGAUGGAGGAGAGAAAGAAGUGGAACUUGAUAACGGAGAGUGAAAGAGAAGAAGCCGAGAAAAUUCGUCAAGAAUUUAAAGAACAACAUCAUAAAAGAAACAAUCUGCUUAAAACUAGAAUGCUGGAAGCUGAAAGAAGGAAAGUUGAGCAAAACAAGCAGAGGUUAAAGCAUGUAGAAGGAGUUGUAACAAAAUGUGCAAAACUAAACGAAGAUGUCAUGCUUCAGUUCCAUAAUGACAGUUCUAUUGUAUCAUCCAAUCCUGCCAUAGUUUCCAUGGCAACUGAAUGUGGCCGGAAGUUUUCGGGCAUUAUAAACAUUUUCAAAGAUUCCAAAACAUCGGGUUCGAUGGACAAAGUAACGGCAGCUUCUAUAACUGAUGACUGCAGUGUACAUCAAGAAAUGUGCGAUAAUUUGGUCUCAGCAAUAGAAAAACUGAAAGAAGAAGAGAUAAUUAAAAAAAAGGAACUGGAACAGAGAAUUGAAAAAGAACAGGAGGAGAUGAGAGAAAAAGAGAAGAAGGAAAAGGAGAGAAUCAAAGCUUCUUUAGAUGAAGAUCCUGAAAACAAAUUUCCUUCUUUGCCCAAAGAAUUACAAUUAUCCGUCAGUCGAUCGGCGUAUGCUCACCACCAGAUAAUGAUAAAGAGCUACAAAGACUUUGACGUCAAGUCAAAAGAAUUUACUUCUUCUAAAGAUAAACAGUUAAACAAAGUAAUAAUUGGAAUAAGCAAUGUGAUUGGAUCCUGCGUGGCUUCUAUCACCAGCAGGUCAGGUUCUGAUGUAAAAAACAAACUCUCUGACCUCAAUGGUUUAUUACAAGGUCGUACAAUAUCAUCGGGUGGGUCAACUGCCAGUAUUAAAGGAUAUGCCGGCGCUUCUAAUCAUGCCGUUAUAUUUAUGGCAAGAAAAUUUGUGAAACAAGCUGAGAGUCAGGUUUCGUCUAAUCACAGCACAGCGUUUGGUCUCGCUCUGACGAUUCUUGGCGUUUGGGCGCAAAAUGAUGACUUUGGUUCCGUGUUCCUUGGUCUGAUGCAAACUAAAUGUCCGUUUCUCGUCCCUUUUUAUGUUCCCAAGACAGAUGGACAGUCAGAUGAAGAAUAUAGUAGGUCACGAGGUUACAGAGUAACCAACGGAGUUGUUGAAAGCCAGGAUCAUUAUUUGAGCCGAAUGUCCGGACUUAUUCGAACCUACGCUGCCAUCAUACAAUCUCCACUGCCACCCGGUGUUCGUAACAAUCCACACGGCAUCGCUCAAGGCUGGAUGUGGAUCACUAGAAUGUUGAAUUUGGAGCCAUGGCCUGAAAUAACAGCCACAAUAUUGUUUGACUUUCUUGAAGUUGCUGGUCACGCUCUAAUGGCUGCAUAUGGCCGACAGUUUGAAAAGCUCUUAUACGCAAUAUGUCAUGACUAUUUUCCUAAAAUUAAAGAAGUUUCAGGUAGCAGGGGAGGCCCAGUGCUCCGUUUAAAAACGUUUUUAAAAGAAUGCAUUCAGCAUAAGAAAGUUUCGAAACCAGAUGGACACCUGAGCGCAGAGUUCUGGGGUACCCAUCAUCAUGCAGGGAUUGUCGGGAAUUAAAUAUUUGUUUUUACUAAUUGUCACUGUGGCCAAAAUAUGCGUAAAUAAAAUUUUAACCCCUAAUCCUAGAA